AAAUAAAAGAACGAAAAGAAAAAGGAGGGUAUACUUAUAGUUAUCGUUGAUGAUAAAGAUUGCUCCGAUGAUGUUUGGAAUUGGAUUCUAAUUUGUAGGGCUAUUUCACUCUUCAUUUCCAUCUUCGCAAAUCCGAAAAUGUCUGAAUUGCCAGAUGAGCUAUGGAGCCAAAUUCUCCAAAUUGGUGUAAAGACCUCUGCUUUGACUUAUAAAGAUCUUUGUUGCGUCUCCAUCUCUUCUCCUCGACUUCGCCGCCUCUCCGACCAUGACUCUCUCUGGUCUCAUCUUCUUUCCUCCGAUUACCCUUCAUCCUCGUCUUCUUUUCCAUCUUCCGCUUCCUCCUCAAAGUCCCUUUACAAAAUCAGGUUGGAGAGAGAUAGAUAUAGGAAGAAAGCGGCGCAUACGAGAGCUGUUCUUAGAAAGGAAAGUCAAAUAGCUGAGCAUUAUAGGAGGGUUGGUCAAUUAGAGGAACGGUUGAUCGAGGAGACCAGCAAAUGCACAACGACCUUGACGGAAUUGUCUAAUUUACGCACAGUCAGGGAAGCAACAGUAGCUUUGAACGUCUGGCAGCCUGAGGUCAUUAGGGCAAGGCAAAAGCAAAUUGUUGAACAAUGCAGUGUAUCUGUUGAUUCUCGUUUGCGGACUCUAGAUAUGGAGCUCAAGCUUUGUAAGCAACAAAUUGCUAUUUUUCAAAAAGCACUUGUAAGUUUUGAAUGUGGAAACAUUAUUUUUCUUUCUGUCAAGAACUAUUAUUUUAAUUUCUUAUACUGCUUCCCACAGAAAGAUGAAAAAAAGAGAUUGGAAUUAGCUAAAGAAGAGUUAACUUCAUUGAAGUAUCACCCUCUAAAGGAUCAUAAAUCUAUGAAUAGCAGUAAUAAUGAUUCUCACAUCAAGAGGAGGUCAAAGGAUGCAAUAAACGUAAGGUUCUUGCUUGUUGAUUAUGCUUCAAAUUUUUUUAUUGUGAAUUUUGAUAAUUUUGUCAUGUUGAUGAUGGUUUGGUUGCUAUGAAAUCUGACUUUCCCGUGAAUUCAUGAAUUCUAAUGGUGUGGAUGUGCACUGUGCUCUAUUAGCAUUUUUCUUCUUCGAACCAUCAAUACUGUUUUCUCAUGAUGUUAGAACUUCUCCCAGUUUUACCAAAUAAACUCAUUAGGAUGCUACGUACUUCUUAUGAAGAUAUUUUCCUAGUCUGGCCAUGGUUUGAUGCUCGCUGUUCGUUGGUAGAUUAUCUGAUGUGUUGAACUUGAUGUUUUUUUAACUUGACCUCCAUAAAUAACAUUUAUAUAGAGGGUGGGGGUGGGUUGAAGGGAGGGGAGGUUUUCUUCUUGUGAUUGAUUUCUAAUUAGGUUGGAAUCUUGGUUUGAUCUAUAUUUUAUUUUAUAUACUUGAUUGAUUAAGUUGUAGACAUGUAUAUACUCUGCCUUUUUUUUCCUCAAAUAAAUUGGAAGAGAAAAUUAUCUUACUUUUCUAUUACUUCACUGUGGAAAUUGUGGCUUACCUCUUUUUUCAUUUGAUACAUAAAGAUAACCAAAUGUUGGCACACGCACAUUAACCGGCUUGUUUUCUUUUGGUUAUUUUAUUUUCUGGUUAAAAUUUCUUCAACCUUCAUGACCACAAUAUUGUUUAUUCCUCAACUUUCACCAGCCCUACUUAGAUAAUAUAUUCUCCUUUCUUGCCUAUAUUGGUACCCACCCCUUAUAUGUACUGUUUAUGUUGCAUGUUUGCUUAAAAUCCAAGUGAGAACUCAAACCGAUACGAUAAAUGUACUUGGUUACCAAAUUUUAUCAGAGCAAGGUAAAACAGUUACGCAGUACAUGAUUGGGGGAGCAUUGCCUGUUGAAGAAUGAGCCUGACCUCAACAUAUAGGCUGCGGAACUACUAAGAACAGUUAUGUAUUCCAGUUGAGAUGAGCGUAACCACCAAAGUGUUCUGCACUGGGUGCAGAGUAAAAAUAAGAUGGACCUGUUAUGUCAAACAUCAUACGGAGUUUUACAUUUUAGUCAAAUGGGGAAUUUUAUCAAUCAGUUGGAAGAUCGUCAAUAAGGGCUUCUUUGGCCCAAGGAAAUACGUCAACUCCCAAUUUGGUCUACAGAUAAAGAAACUUAUGGCAAAUUAAACCCAAGUCAGGACUACAACACUAAUUAACUGUUGAAGUUCCCAUGUUCAUCAAGGUACUCCCCUUCACUCUUCAUUUCUCUUCUCUCCCUCUCACGCAGAUUAUCUCGUCUAUUUUCUUCAAAUUGGUCAUUUUUUCUUCACCAUUACAAGUUAGAUCUGUUUGUUUGUGUGUUUUCCAGAUUCAUAUCUCUAAAUACUCUACUCUUUUUAGAUCUGAGACCCUUAGCCUCCUCAGCUGCCUCAAGGAAACUCAAAAAAAUCACUCUUCUCUCAAGAAAGAGCUUAGCUCAGUUGACAUCAUGUAUGCCUAAAGAUCAAGAGGUUUGUGGUUCAAAUCUACCACCCACACCUGUACUCAAAUCAGUCUCUUGGUGCUAUCUUUCUUAUUCCCUCAUCUACUGUAGCUUCCUUGCCAUUGGUUCUUGUGUCUUUUGUAUUUGAGUUAAAAGAACAAAGGAAUAGCUUGGUUGGGGACAGCUAGUGCUUGAAUCUUGGUGGGCUGAGACAACUUCUAAAGCUUUGUUCUAUCCUUUCAAAAUUAGUCGAUGAUGGGUCAUACAUGUUCAAUCUGUAUUUUUGCUGCAUGAAUUUCUUCAUUUCUUCCUCGAGAAAAUUUUCUCCGAUAUGUUUCUUUGUUUUCGCUCAUCUUUUACUCUAUUUUUGUCUUCAUUUGUGUUUGCUUGGAUCUGUUUUUUUUUUCCCGAUUCAUUUUUGUAAGUUUCAUUUAUAUGAAAGAGUAUCGUUUAUGGGUUGCAUGAAUGUUCCAAUUUCAUGUUGGAAUAUCAUUAUGAAUGGAGGAUGUACUUGGUGCAUGUGCGAGAGUAAGAGGCCAAGAUUACAAAUUAAUUCAUAUCAAAUUAUAUUAAACUAUAAUUGAUACUAAUAUAUCUGUUUGGACAUGUAGUGUUCCGUAUGAGACUAGGAAAGAAGGCCUUCCCUCAUUAGGAUGAUUUGUCAUUUGUGUUUGGAAAGAGGAUCGACCGACUCCACGGGACAUGGCAUCGAAUGACGAUGAGCACUUGGGGCAGAUGUGCAUGUGGGAGGCUCUCAAGAACAUUAUACUUCUAUUCCCUCAAUGUUUGGCACAACAGCCACUGAAUGCAAAGACUGUUUUUGGUCUGACUCCAAUAGGGACUAACAUUGCUGAGGUUGUGAGAAGAAAUGAACAACAUAUCACUCAGAUAUAUGUUGAGAGGUGGUAUGGGUGAUUGUAAUAAACAUGCAAACAAGCCAACAGCUUGAGAGGAUUGCAUCUUGGUUUAAAUCAAAGCAUGCUAUGGUGGUGGAGAGAGAUCCCCACAAUUAUUAGAGUUCCAACGGGUUAGAGGUCAAACUAAUGGAUAUCAUAUUCACGAAUGUAGAUAGAACAAAAAAAUUUCUUGCCUAUUCCCAUCAAGCUGAAAAGUACUUGUUCAAUGCACUUUUGGGUAGAGGCAAAUAAAUAACCUUUCUUGCAACAAAAUCAA